AUGAAGUACUCCCGUCUAUGUAAACCGUGCGGCAGGUAUUUCAAGAACGAAAUCGGCUACAACAUCCAUUACAACAAGAUGCACCUGCAGAAAAGUAGCGACGUUUUCAUCUGCGACAAAUGUUCGGCUACCUUCAGACUAAUCUCCGAACUGAACGCUCAUAUGCGCUCUCAUUCUACCGUCCAAGUGUUCACUUGUUUCCUGUGUGGCGGCUCGUUCUCGUCCGAAAAAGUGCUGAACACGCAUUUGAACACACAUUACGUCAGCAAAGUUCCCGUUGAAAUUGCACCGCAACCCAAAACCGACAAACCUAGGAUCUGUCCGAAAGACUCGAAUUUCCAAUGCAAUAUUUGCGACAAGAACUUUGGUUCGCACAAGGAUCUAGUCGAUCACAUCAGGAUUCAUUUCAGUAGAAAGAAGGUCUUGCAAUCAGGUGGCGGGGUGAAGUUGUUGUAG